UGGAUAGAAGAAGAACAGCAGGAACAAAUAAGUAUCUCCGCCAACAACAAAACUAAGACUGGGACGAGAGGUUUAGUAGACAAAACACAGACUAACCCCAGGGCUUUAGAAAUUGUUUGUGCGGCGGCCAAAUGGCAACGGUUUUUGCGGCGGCAACUUCCACUUCCAUGGCGGCCACUGCCGUCUUGAUACGGCAUCUCCCAAUCACCACCCAUUGCUCCGCUUUGCCUUACCUUCCCCCGCGCUUGUCCUCUUCGCCCUUUUCCACUUCCUGCAAACAGUUGUCAGUGUCCCGGAGGUCGGCUCUGCUCCAGGUGAAAGCCUCUUCUUCAGAAGAGACAUCCACUCCUGUUGAUACUGAUGAGUUGUUCAAUGAUCUAAAGGCAAAGUGGGAUGCAGUUGAAAACAAGUCUACAGUACUUCUUUAUGGAGGUGGAGCUAUAGUUGCAGUUUGGCUAUCUUCAAUUGUCAUUGGUGCAAUCAACUCUGUCCCUGUGCUUCCAAAGAUACUGGAGUUGGUAGGGCUCGGAUAUACUGGAUGGUUUGUCUAUCGAUAUCUUCUCUUCAAGCAUAUGUACUCAACUCAAUAUGCUGAUAUACUUGUCUAAAAUGAGGGGGGGCCUCUGUGUUUUUUUUUUGAACACCACUGGUGCUUUGUCUAAAAUUCGACCAGAUAAUCUUGAGUUUGUGAGUUCGAACCUGAGGUUAGCCAUUUUGUGCAAAUAAUGCUAAAGGUUAGGUCUCUACACAAUCUACCCCUCCCAAAUCUCCAUUAAUGGGGAUUGAACUGGGUGCUAUGUUUGUUUGGCUAAAAUGAUAUUGGCAGUGCCUGAAAUACUUGCUGAUGAAUAACUAUUUGUUCCCAGUCAAGUAGAAAAGAACUAGCCAGGGAUAUAGAAGCGAUAAAGAAGAAGAUUGCAGGAACAGAAUAGAUGUGCUUGAUGGGGUGUCCUAUUACAUGAUAUCAUUUCAAAUUUGUUUUAUGGAGAUCUUGUGUAUUAGAGGAUUAUGGUCAUGGAAUAUAGUAUAUGCCUUCCAUGUAUUCCUACUUGUCUUUAUUUUGUGUAAGCUCAUAUUUGGGACAAAAUGUGGCAAUGUAAUGGAUAUGGUUCAGGGUGGUUGAUAGAAGCAUUUGUAACUUGGCGCAAAACCUGCUUCUGAAUGGUUCCUAUGAUGCCAAAGUUCUUCUACACAAGCUAUAUAAAUAUUGGGUCUAAUCUCACUUUGCACUCCGAAAAA